GAUCGACCCUUGAUUCUAUAUUCCUACUUCGAGUCUGAAAAUGCGCGAGCGAACUUCAGAUACUACCUCGAUCAUGCUCUCCACGAUGCCGCCGACUUUUUGUUCCUCAUUAACGGACCAACCGACGCUGAGAAGAUGCUGCCAAACAAAGGAAACAUUCGAUUCAUAAAGCGUCCAAAUGACUGCUACGAUCUCGGAGGAUUCGCAGAAAUGCUACUGACAAACGACCUAUAUAAGAAUUACCAGAGGUUCAUCAUGAUGAACGCUAGUGUCCGAGGUCCAUUUUUCCCCAUAUGGAGCACGGAUUGCUGGAGCGAUGUUUACCUUAAUCGAUUGACAAACCAUACUAAGCUCAUUGGAAUGACAAUGAACUGUCAGGGUACUACUCCCCACGUUCAAUCUAUGCUCUGGGCACUCGAUCGCGUUGGACUUGAAGUCCUCCUCAACCCAUCAGACGAGUUGGUAGCAGAGUACCAAGCUACAGUGCCGAAGGGUGGUCCGGGUGCCAAAAUUCCUGAUUUGGAAAGGCCAGGAAUCAAUUCAUGUCCUCAUUCAUACUGGGAAGCUGUUUCGGUCGAGGUACAUGCCACUUGGCUUAUGAGGACGGCGGGAUACGAUGUUGAAGCGAUGAUGUACAGUUAUCGUGGGUUUGGGGAACCACUUUCAAGAGGAGAGGUGAUAGACCUAGGUGGGGGUCCUGUCAAACACGGGACCUACAGGGAGGGUACUCGCUAUGAGGACAUCUGUGCUGAAUCGUUGGAUCCGUUGUACGAGAAUCAUUAUUGGGGCAUGACGAUACAUCCUUGGGAUACGAUAUUCACCAAACAGAACCGCCCUGUCAACCAAGUGACCAUCGAACGGCUGUCACAAUGGGGCGAUGGAAUACAAUACAGUAGUUAUGACCAUUGCCAGUAG